AUGGGUGAUCCUGAAAGCCACAGAACUGGACAUGAAAUUUCUAGUUGUGAUGAUGUCGUGUCAUCCUUCAUUGCAAGGACCUAUGUGAUUUUUGUUAUAUCUGAUAAUAGUGAUACGAGACCACCGGUGCGGUCUGGUGGUCUGCCAGCACGGUCGCAAGCAUCACCUGAAUCCCGGGAGCAACCCCAGGAGCAGCCACAGCUAGCACACCAGCAACACCAUCAGCAGCAACAGCAGCAACAGCCUUCGUGGACAAGCAUGAACCGCAGCAAAGCACUAACGCAUGGAUCCACUGCAUUCUCGAUGGCAAUGAUGCAGCAACAACAGCAGCAGCCGCAACAACAGCAGCAGCAGCCACAACAACAGCAGCAGCAACAACAGCAGCAGCAGGCGCAACAGCAGCAGCAGGCGCAACAACAGCAGCAGCAGGCGCGACUGCAGCAGCAGGCGCGACUGCAGCAGCAGGCGCGACUGCAGCAGCAGGCGCGACUGCAGCAGCAGGCGCGACUGCAGCAGCAGGCGCGACUGCAGCAGCAGGCGCGACUGCAGCAGCAGGCGCGACUGCAGCAGCAGGCGCGACUGCAGCAGCAGGCGCGACUGCAGCAGCAGGCGCGACUGCAGCAGCAGGCGCGACUGCAGCAGCAGGUGCAACUGCAGCAGCAGGCGCAACUGCAGCAGCAGGCGCAACUACAGCAGCAGCAUCCAAAACAACAUCAGCAGCCACAACAUCAGAAGCUGCAGCACCCUCCCUUACCGCCACCAGGGAUUGGCAGCAAUCUAUACCGGUCACAAUAUGGUAACACUUCAAGGGCAUCCUACCCCAGUGGACCCAGUGGCGCAGAAGUAUACGCUGAUACGAGAUCGCCGUACCAUCGCCCUCGCCACACACCAGUGCAGCAAGGUCACACAUCAUACUCUGGAUCUUCGGUGAAGGCAAUGUCGGAACACCAGAGCAGUACCUUUGGUGAUGACAUGCUACCGGGAAUGGGUGCCACUGGCACUCUCUACUCCGACGACACAGCACAGUCUUAUCCGGGCAGCACAGGAACGGCUCAGAUAGGAGCAGCUGAUCUAUCGGCAACAGCAGAUACAGGGCUGCCAUCGCAAGCAUCGAUGUUUGGUGACGGCAUGCCAUCUGGAAUGGGUGCCACUGGCACUUCCUACUCCGGCAACACAGAGCAGUCUUAUCCGGGCGGCACAGGAAUGGCUCAGAUGGGAGCAGCUAAUCUAUCGGCGACAGCAGAUGCAGGCCUGCCAUCGCAAGCAUCGGCUUCCAGCAGUACGGGGUUCGGCGAUACUCCGCUGGACCUUAACGACAACAGCGCUACAGCAGAAAGUGGAGUAGCAUCACAGGGAACACUUACUUCUUUCGAGGAGAACAAACGGAACAGGCUGAAAUAUAAGAACGACCAAGAACGAAAACGUAUACAAGACAUCAAUCUGGCAUUCAAGGAGCUAGAUAGAAGUUUACCUAACCACCUAACUGGCAAGAAAGUGAAAAAGGAGAAAACGAAGUCACAGCUCAAGAUACUUCGGGAAGCGACUCAGGCUAUUCAGGCUCUCGGAGACGAGCUUCGAAGGGAAAACUAAGACCCGAUGGCUGAGUGUUUGGAGCAGUGUAAGGAAGAGAAGGCCAAGAACCAGGGAAUUAGCUCUGCCUCAGGUGGGGUUGAUCAGGGAAUUAGCUCUGCCUCUGGCGGGGUUGAUCAGGGAAAUAGCUCUGCCUCUGGCGGUACUAAUCAUGUCGAGGACGACCACGACAAUGAAAGUUCCGGCGGUGCAAAGGGAGCGUGAAUAUAAAUAUUCAAAUAAAAAUGACAUUAAGGUAAAAUGUACGUGUGAUGACAGUGUGCCUUCUGCCGCAUCGUGAGUCGGUGGUCUCACCGACAGGCUGCUGUGCCUCAGACUGAGUAAGAAUAUCUGGGCUGCUGGCUGCAGAUGUGCGGGCAUGAUGUGAAUGUCGAUGCUAUGAACAAGAUGAGCUCGUUCAGCUGUCGACUAUCUUGCCUCAGUCUAUAUGUGUUUUGUCCAGUAUUUUGUCUCAAAUUUUGUCCUGUGUUUUGUCCCAUGUUUGUGUUUUGUCCAGUGUUUUGUCCCAUGUUUUGUCCUGUGUUUUGUCCCAUGUUUAGUCCAGUGUUUGGUGCAGUGCGUGUGUGCUCCAGCAAUGCUUGUUCUCCAAGCUGGUAUAUUUCUAUUGCUGCUGCUACUAUCAAUAUUAUGUGUCAUGUCAAUAAAAACAAAAAUAUAUAAUUAUAAAAAUGGACUCGGAUGGACCUUCCCCUCCUUAUGUUGCUUGUAGUUCCUGGGUCCUUUUUUCUUUUCUAUACAAAAUAUAAAAACAUCAGUUGCCACGGUUACUAUGAUUGUGACUCGUUUGUACGUUUGACUUAAUUUAACUUUUAAGCAGUGUGAACCGCCAGAUCACGGUAUAGGGCUUGAAAGUGCUACGUCACAGCAUAGCAACAAUUUCAAAAAUUCAAAAACUGGAUCCCCUUGGAUCCAGUUUUUGUAUAGAUCCAAGCACAUUUCAAGCCGUCUUACUCACAGCAAGGUGAUGUAACCAGUGAAACUGACUGAUUUGGCUACUGGGGGCGAGGUUACAACUGGUGGCGAAGUAAAUGUCACCCCUGCAUACGACAUGAGUGGGUUGCUAUACACCCACAUAGUGAGGCACUAGCAAAGUCACACCUUAGUGGAUCCAAAAUAGAAAUCUGAUGUCAACUUACUACUCCCUGGCCGUUUUUGACGUCAUCACUUUCAAGCCCUAUACCUCAAGAUCCUCAAACCAUUCCAGGCAAAUAUGUUCCUGUUUG